AUGAAUUCAGAAUAAUAAGACAGUAAUAGAUUAGCAAAAGCCAAUUUUGAAUAAUUUAUUAGAGUCUGGUGGCAAUCACUUUUAUUUGGUACCAAACUAGUAAUUGGAAUUUCCUGGUUAUUUGGUUUUAUUGAUUUAUUGAGCAAUUAUGCCUUUGACUUAUUCAGCAAUUCUCCAGAGCAAACAAUACCAUUUUAAAUUUAGAGAUUAUUCUUUUCACAAUUUGUUCACUGUAAAUCAAUUUUAGGAUUAUGAUAGAUUAUACCAUUGAUUUAUUGCUUGCCAUUAUUUGCGUGUAUAAAAAAUUAGAAGAGUUAGAAUUAAAAUAUUCCUCUGCUCUUUUCAUACUUUUAAUUGUUGUUAUAGGAUGUCUCACUCAAGUAAAUAUUACGUUUGAUUCCUUUAGUUUACAUGUGUUUUACUUUAAUGGAUAUUAUCAUUUAUUUACUCUCCAUUUUAUUCAAUUAAAGCAUAUGGAUUAUGGAAUUACUAUAUUUUCUGUGUCAUCUAAGAGUACGCUUAUAAUUAAUAUAUUUAGAUGUUUGACUGCUCCAAAAGGAUAAAGUUUAUUUUUAAUAUUUCCAAUGUAAUUGAAAAAUCAUUACUACCCUAUAGUUUUAGUUAUCUUUUUUACACUUAUUCAAUAAUCAUUGACAUUCAUUUCAACAGCCUUCUUAGGAAUUUUAUUCUUUUUAUUAUAGAAUCAUUUCACUUUAAUUAACCAUUCAGUAAUAUCUUUAUUUAUUUAUAGACUAUUGAAAGAUUUGAAAAAUGCAUAAUUUUGAAGUUCUUUACAGAGAGAUCCGAUUUCAAGAAAAUCUCAAAUUAUUAAGAUUAAUUGGAACCCAGUGUGGAUGCAAGGGAACUCUAAUCAGUGGAAACACCACCUGCAAAGUUUUUGAUAUAAUACAUUUUAGAUUAACACUAUAAGGUAGUCCUUAAUAAUUCAGGUCAUCUUUAGUGCUUUCUGAACUACAAAAAGAAAUGAAUUAAAAAGAGGGUGAUAACGAACAGCCUAUAUAAGAAGAGGAUGAAGAAAAAAAAUAAAAUGAAUCAAAUCCAUCUGCAUAAUUUUGAUGAACC